GCCAGAUUCAGUUCUCUAGACCUGGCAACAAGAAGCUUUGGUUCUUACCAACAAAUGAACUGCAACAAGAUUCAUGAGAAUGUGGUCAAGUUCUAGGCAACACUCAUUUUCAGAGUCGCCACCUGGCUAAAUGAGCUGUGUCUUCCCAUCCCCUUGAUCUAUAUAUAUAAAUGCCCCCCCAAGUUGACUCAUCCUAUUACCUAUGAAAGCAGAGAACUUAGAAGCAAAAAUGGAGGUGAAAGAAGGGAAAGCAGAAGAGAAUGUUGAUCAGAAAGCAGGGGAAGUCACUCCAUCCCCUCUCAUCACUCCCUACAAAAUGGGAAAGUUUCAACUCUUUCAUAGAGUGGUUCUGGCACCAUUAACUAGAUCAAGAUCUUUCAACAGCAUUCCUCAACCACAUGCUAUUUUGUAUUAUUCCCAAAGAGCCACCAACGGUGGGCUUCUCAUAAGUGAAGCCACUGGUGUUUCAGAUACCGCUCAAGGUUACCCACACACACCUGGUAUUUGGACAAAAGAGCAGGUGGAAGCCUGGAAACCUAUAGUUGAGGCUGUUCAUGCAAAAGGUGGUAUCUUCUUUUGCCAAAUUUGGCACGUUGGAAGGGUUUCUAAUCCUGGUUUUCAGCCAAAUGGUCAAGCUCCAAUCUCUUCCACUAACAAGCCUUUGAAGGACGAACAGUACUCCACGCCUCCACGACCAUUGAGGACAGAUGAAAUCCCUCAACUUGUUAAUGAUUUUAGAGUGGCUGCUAGGAAUGCAAUAGAAGCUGGAUUUGAUGGAGUUGAGAUCCAUGGGGCUCAUGGCUAUCUACUUGACCAGUUCCUGAAAGAUGAAGUCAAUGAUCGAACAGAUAAAUAUGGUGGCACUCUAGAGAACCGUUGUCGCUUCCCUUUGGAAGUAGUUGAGGCUGUUGUUGAUGAGAUUGGAGCUGAUAAAGUUGGGAUAAGGCUCUCUCCUUUUGCCAACUACUCAGAUGCUGGAGACUCAAACCCUGAAGCUUUAGGCCUUUACAUAGCUCAAUCCCUUAACAAAUAUGGGAUUCUAUAUUGCCACAUGGUGGAGCCAAGGAUGAAAGUUCUUGGGGAGAAGGGUGAAACUCCUCACAGUCUCCUACCCAUGAGAAAGGCUUUCAAUGGUACUUUCAUCACUGUUGGAGGAUAUGUUAAAGAGGACGGCGACGAAGCUAUUGCUAAUAACUAUGCAGAUCUUGUAGCUUAUGGUCGUAUAUUCUUAGCUAACCCAGAUUUGCCAAGAAGGUUUGAGCUAAAUGCUCCUCUCAACAAGUAUAACAGAGAUACAUUCUACAUACCUGAUCCCAUUGUUGGUUACACUGAUUAUCCGUUUUUGGCAUGAAGGAUGUACUUAGUGCACGAGGCUCCAACCAUUGUGGCGUCCGGGAAGACUCAUAAUAUACACAACCUUACACCACUUCAUGAAAAAACUGUUUUUCAACUUGAACUCGUGACCACUAGGUCGCAAUGGAGCUACCUUACGUUUUCAAAAUCUAUGAAUUAAAUUUUGCACUUGUAGUUGUAUUAUCAUCCUUGAUUGUCUUGAGCUUUGGACUUAUUAUGUGAACAGAAGGAAGAUUGUGUUAUUCUUUCCUUCUUUGAGUGGUACUAUAUGUAAUGGCAGAAUGUUUAAUCUGUACUUGUACUAUUCAACAUAUAUGUGU